AUGGUCGCCGCAGCAACCCAGACCAAUCCUGGCAGUUCCGCCGCCUCCGCCGCCAACAACCCGCUCUCGCACUUCCAGAUCCCCAACCUGUUCGACGUCUCCGGCCUCACCUGCGUCGUCACUGGCGGCUCGUCCGGGCUGGGUCUGUAUGCCGCACACGCGCUCGCCGCCAACGGAGCCCUGGUGUACAUCCUCGGCCGCCGCCGUGCUGCGCUCGAUGCCGUCGUAUCGCAAUUCCACAGUCUCCUGCCGGACCCCGCUGCGCGCUCGAACGGAGACCUCGUAGCGGUGCAGGCGGACAUUACGUCUAAGGCGUCGCUCGCCGCCGCGCGGGAAGUCAUCGCCUCGGACCUCGCCACGCGCUCCAAGAGCGGUAUACAGCUGCUGGUGUGCAAUGCGGGGAUCGGUGGCCGUUUCCUGCGCGCGUAUGGUCAGUCACCUUCAUCUGAGACUCCGAAGGACAAGGACGCCGAGUUCACCCAGAUGGUCGACGAGCUCUGGUCGUUCAGCGAGCCCGAGAUCACCGCCAUCCUCGACACCAACGUCACAGGCACCUACCUCACCGCACUCGCCUUUCUCCCGCUGCUCAAAUCCGCCUCCUCCCCCUCGUACCCGAGCCAGACCAUCCUCAUCUCGUCCAACGCCGCAUGGAGCAAGCUGCCCAUCCUCAACCCGGUGUACAACCUGUCCAAGACCGCCGUCUCGCACCUGGGCCAGAUGCUCUCCACCCUCUUCUGCGACCACGGCCUACGCACAAACAUCAUCGAACCAGGACUGUACCCGAGCGACCUCACCAGCACCGAGGGACGAGAUCAUCUGACCGGCCAUGGCAAGCUCAGCCAUACAAACGGUGCUGAUAUCCCCGUGGGCAGGUGUGGCAGGCCCGAGGAGCAUGCGGCUGCGGUGGUGUAUUUGGCCAGUCGCAGCAGUGUGUUUGCCAACGGCGCGACCAUGAGGGUGGACGGCGGGGCCUUGCAGAAGCUUCCUGCUUCGGAUUGA